AUGGCGGCGUUGUCCAUCGAGAUCAAGAAGGACGAGGCGCCACCGCCACCACGCUCGUGGGAAUACCACCUGCGGAAGUACCUCGCGCUGCUGGCCACGCUGGUGGCAACGUCUACGUACGCGGCGGGGCUGAGCCCGCCGGGUGGAGUCUGGCAGGAGAACAACCCGGGGGAGCAGGCCGGGGUCCCAAUUCUGUACCACUCUCCCCGGUACCUCGCCUUCUUCUACUUCAACGCCACCGCCUUCGCGGCGUCGCUCGUCGUCAACCUUCUCCUCCUCGCCCUGAACGAGACCCGGACGGCGUGGCUCGCCGUGCUCCGGUUCGUCAUGGUGCUGGACCUGCUCGCCCUCAUGGGGGCCUUCGCCACCGGGAGCUGCGAGGACCUGCCGACCACCGUGUACGUCUCCGUGCUGGUGACCGCUCUCGCCGUCUACGUCGUCAUCCAAAUCUUCCAAGCUUGGCGCGACAAGGAGGGCCCCGACGACCCGCUCAAGUUCAAGGAGCAUCGCAAGGAGCUGCUCGUGCUGGCCACUUUUGCCACGGGCAUCUCCUUCGCCGCCGGCCUGAGCCCGCCCGGCGGCUUCCGCGACGACACCGAGGGAGACAACGAGCCCGGAGACCCCAUCCUGAAGGCCCAACAGUCCCAGCGCCUGAUGGCCUUCUUCUACUGCAACACCGCGGCGUUCGUGGCGUCGCUGUUCGUCAUCGUGCUGCUCCUGGGCCGCAGGAUGCAGAAGUACUACGCCAUGUACUGGUUCAUCCUCGUCGUGCUGUUCGGCCUCCUGGGCGCCUACGCCGCCGGGAGCUCCAGGAGGGCGGACACGACGGCCUACGUGGUCGUUCUUGUCGCCGCUGUCCCCGUGUACAUCUUCCUCGUCAUGGUGGUUAAAGUGCUUCUCUCGGAUGAGGUCAAGAACAACGUCUCGUGGCUACGACUCAAGAAGAUCUCCGAAGGCCUCUCAGCUUGGCUGGAAAAACGAGGUUUCCACCAGAACCCGAGCAAAUCGCCGGUGGGCGCGUUGUUGCCAAAAGUCUCUGAUCCUGCGGCCGAAGGCAUCGGAAAGGCCCAAUCUCUGAUCCUGCUGCUCGCCACACUCGCCGCCACCAUCACUUACCAAGCGGGCAUGGACCCGCCCGGCGGCGUCUGGCCGAGUAACGCUCAGGGGACGGAGCCACCCCACAAGGCCGGCGACCCGAUCCUCCUGUCCACGCACCCCGCGCGCUACAAGGUGUUCUUCUACUGCAACUCCACCGCGUUCGUGGCGUCCUUGGUGGUCAUCCUCAUGGUCCAGAACACGAGACUGAUGAGAGGGCACGCGCUGGAGGUGGCCAUGAUACUGGACCUGUUCGGCCUCAUCGGCGCUUACGCCGCCGGGAGCUGCCGUGACGUGAGCACCUCCAUCUACGUCAUGGCCUUGGCGGGUGCCGUCCUGAUCUACGUCGUGAUCCACGUCGUCUUCUUCACGCUGGACCACCAAAGCCUGACGGACGACGAGAAGUUGAGGAUCCACAAGCGGCGGAAGCGGCUGCUGCUCCUCGCAAUCCUGGUGGCCACCAUGACCUACCAGGCCGGCCUCACCCCGCCGGGCGGCUUCUGGACGAAGGACGGCAAGACCCCAGAUGGCCACGACUACAGCGCGGGGUCCGCGAUCCUCGGAGACGUCAGCGGCGAGUACCGGAGGAGGUAUUUGGCCUACUUCUACUGCAACUCGGCGAGCUUCAUGGCGUCCAUGGCGCUCAUCAUCAUGCUGGUGAACCCGAACCUGUACCGGCCGGGCAUACGAUCGUACGCGCUCUACGUUUGCAUGGUCGUGGCGCUGUUCGGCCUGAUGGGCGCCUACGCCGCCGGGAGCGCACGGCAGCUUCAGACGUCCAUCUACGUCUUCGUGGUCGUCGGCGCGGUGGUGGCCUUCAUCGGCGUCCAGCUGUUCAUCUUCUUCAAAUUGCACCAGAUUUGGUCCCCGUCCAAAGGAGAUGCAGAUGGAAGCAGCAACAAGGCGAACAAGUCAUCUUCCUCGCGGCGGGCCCGACCACAAUGGCUCAAGCCCAGCACGGAGGAGAGUGACACUUCGAGCCGCCGGAAGUACCUGAUGCUGCUGGCGAUCCUGGCGGCGAGCAUCACCUACCAGGCCGGCCUCAAACCGCCGGGCGGCAUGUUCGAGGACGGGGAUGCCGCGGGGAACCCGGUGCUGCGGGUGAGCGACCUGGUCCGGUACCGGGUCUUCUUCUACUGCAACUCUGCCUCCUUCGCGGCGUCGGUGGUCGUCAUCGUCCUGCUGCUGCAGGAGUUCCUUCAGGACGACGGCCAAGUGUACAGCCUGCUAAUCUACGCCAUGAACACGGCGAUCGUGCUGGACCUGCUGGGACUCCUGGGCGCCUACGCCGCCGGGAGCAGCCGGGAGUGGGACACCUCCGGUUACGUCAUCGCGCUGGCCGCCGCCGUGCUCGCCUUCGUCGCCGUGCACCUCGUGAUCUGGUUGGUGAGCGACCCGAGUAAACGACGGAAAGUGGGCAGUAGCACGCCCAAAGUAUUAACGAGGUCUGCCUCGUACCCGGCCGUGGUGAAGUUCAGUGCAACUGGUCGCCAUUUCGUAUAG